CCUCCUAGUUACCAGAUAGUCAGUGUUUUCUAUUUUUUCUUGUGCCUAAGAUUCAUCGACUUGCUGGCCAAGUUAAUUUAAAUUUAAAAAAAUAACAAUUCUUUCGUUAAAGAUUUACUAUAGAUUAUUUUCCAGGUAGAAAAACAUACUGGAAAUACAAUAAAAGCUUUAAAAUGAAAUCAGCUUUCACCUUUACUCUCUUGAAUGCCCUUUUAAUCAUCGCCUCCGCCGCUAAAAUCGGCCACGUAAUCACUUUCCGAUCACCGACUCUCUACCCUGAAUCCUUCACUUAUAAUCCAAAUUCCGACCACUUCAUCGUCGGCGGUACACGUCACCAGAAAAUCCUCUCCAUCUCCGCCACCGGCGAAGCCCAAACCCUACUAUCCGAUUCCGAUCUACCGGCAAACUCCUCCUUCCUCGGCGUCGCCGUCGAUCGCCGACGCAAUAUCCUACUCGCUUGCAUUCACAACCACCACCAAUUCAACGCACUCGCCGCCUACGACCUCCAAUCCGGCCGCCGGAUUUUUCUCACUCCGCUUAUUUUGCCAAACGGAGAAAAUCAAAAUCUGAUCGCUCAAGUAACGGAGAAAAUCAAAAUCCGCCCCGCUGCUGCUAACGACGUCGCAGUUGAUUACUCCGGUAAUGCUUACGUAACGAACUCCGAUGGUGACUUCAUCUGGAAAGUUGACGUCAACGGCGACGCCUCGAUUUUCUCGAAAUCGGAGGUGUACAAAUCUCAUACGGUGGACGUUACUGUAGACUAUCACAAAUGUGGAUUAAACGGCAUCGUUUAUAUACCGUUAGGAUAUUUACUCGUUGUCCAAUCAAAUACAGGCAAAAUGUAUAAAGUCAACGUUGAUAACGGAGAAACAAAGACCGUUAAUUUAAACAAGGAUUUAACGGCGGCUGAUGGAAUCGCCGUUAGAAGUGACGGUGUAGUCUUAGUAGUGAGUCAAUACAAAGUUUAUUAUAUAAAGAGCGAGAAUAAUUGGGAAGACGGAGUGGUGUUUGACGAAAUUGCCCUUGAUGUAGAAGGGUUUGCGACCGCGGUUACAAUAGGGGAUAAGAAGAGGGUGUAUGUGUUAUAUGGACAUAUAAUGGAGGGUAUAAUGGGAAAUGCAAAUAGACAAGAAUUUAGUAUAGUAGAAAUUGAGGAAGAAGAAGAUAAAGAAAGUAAUGCUUGGUUGUUUGUAUUAGUUGGAUUUGGAUUAGCUUAUUUCUUGUUUUGGAGAUUCCAAAUGCGUAGACUUGUCCAAAAUAUGGACAAGAGAGUAGCUUAGGAUUUGAUUAUUUUCUUGUUUUCUUGCUUUCUUGUUUCAUGUACUACUUGUUUUGGUGAUCUUUACUUUGAAAUAAAUUACAAGUAUUUGUUUUUC